GCACUUAAGAAAAUUAAUUUUAUUAAAUGCACUAGGUCAAUAUAAGAUGUGUGCUCCUAAAACUACAUGGAGAGAAAUUAAUCUUAAAAUAUGUAAAAAUUGAUUCAAAACACUCUAACCAUAAACAAAAAAUUAAAAUAAGCUAGGAUCUCUCGACGCCAAAAUAGAAUGGCAGAAACCAUCCUUGGUCCUGUUAUUGAGGAGGUAGUUUCCAAGGCAAUUUCCUUCGCUACUAAACAAAUUUGCCUUGCAUGGGGUUUCGAGAAGGAGGUUGUGAGCCUCAAGGAGUCACUAGUUAUGAUUCAAGAUGUUCUCCAAGAUGCAGAGAAUAAACAAGAAGGUGAUGCUGCUAUAAGGCGUUGGCUGCAAAAGCUCAAAGAUGUAGCCUAUGAUGCAAUGGAUGUAUUGGAUGAGUAUGCUUAUCAUCUUCUCCAACUGAAAGUAGAGACUCAAGGCCAAAAGAAGAAACAGGUGUAUCGUUUCUUUUCUCGCUCUAAUCCAAUUGUGUUUCGUUGGAAAAUGGCCAAUAAGAUUAAGAAAAUUAAUGUGUCUCUAGCUAAAAUAAAAGGAGAUGCUGUGUUUCCUAUGUUCAAUAGAGGCAAAUCAACUCUGCGUGUUAGUCCCAUCCCCAAAACAGAUUCCUUCCUUGAUUCAAACCCAAUAGGAAGGAGUGAUGAUGUUUCUAAAAUAAUAAGCCAGCUAAGUAAACUUAGGAGUCAACAUUCCAUGUCUGUUGCUUCUAUAGUAGGCAUGGCUGGCAUUGGAAAGACAACUUUAGCAAGAUCAGUGUUCAAAGAAGCAAAAGAAAGAAAGCUUUAUGAUAUAGUAGCAUGGGUUUGUGUUUCUGAUCAUUUUGAUGAGAAGGACAUUUUAGGAGGCAUGUUGGAAUCUCUUGAUAAAACUGCAGGGGGAAUAAACAACAUUGAUGCAAUGCUUCAGCAUCUUAAAAAUGAGUUGGAAAAGAAAACCUUCCUUAUCGUUCUUGAUGAUGUGUGGAAUGAAGAAUCUGUUAAGUGGGGUAAUUUCCUUGAUCGCUUGUCCAAAAUUGUGAAAACUACUGGAAACUCUAUGAUUGUAACAACUCGCAGUUAUGGAGUAGUAUCUGCAAUAGAGAUGGCUCCUAGGUGUCAUGUGCUUCCUAUGCAUAAGCAUGAAAUGAAAGGGUUAUCAAAUGAUGAAUGCUGGUCUAUAAUUGAGGAGAAAGUGCAUAGAUUUGCAAGAAGACCAGUAGAUGCUAAUUUAAAAGAAAUUGGGCUAGCUAUUGCAAGAAAAUGCAAGGGCUUGCCAUUGGUUGCAAGUGUAUUGGCAGGAACAAUGGUUCGCAAGUUUGGAAUAGAAGAGUGGUUGAUUAUCAAGAAUAACAAUGCAUGGAAUUUAUUAGACGAUCAAAAUAUUGCACCAAUUUUAAAGAUAAGCUAUGACCAUUUGUCUGGGCCUCUAAAGAAAUGUUUUGCUUUUUGUUCAAUUUUUGAAAAGGAUACUACUAUGAAUAAAGAUGAAUUAGUUCAGCUCUGGAUGGCAGAAGGAUUCCUGCACCCACCUAAUGAUGAAAGCAAUUUGACAAUGGAGGAUAUAGGUGAUCAGUACUUUGAUGAUUUGUUAUCCAAUUCCUUGUUUCAAGAUAUAGAAAGGAAUGCAAUGGGGAAUGUGAAAUCUUGUAAGAUGCAUGAUGCAGUGCACGAUCUUGCAUUGUCUAUCUCUAGUGGUGAAACAUUGAUUUGGGAUCAGACUGGUUCCAUUGAUGAAAAUUCUAAAAUUCGGCAUUUGAGGGUCAAGUUUGAUGGGAGAGUGCUUCCAAGAGGAGUUUCUCAAAAGUUGCAUUCUUUGUUCUUAGAUGCUAAGUGUGUUUUCCACAUUGCUUCAUAUCUUAAAAGCUUACGAUCUCUUACAAUGUUGACAACUUGCAGAGAAGAAGAUCUAUCAAUUUCUCUUAGCAAGAUGAAGCAUUUGAGGUACCUUGAUAUCUCAAGUAGUCAAAUUAAAGUACUACCAAAAUCCUUUUCGAAGCUCUACAACUUGCAAACUUUAAAGCUCAUGCAGUGCAAUCAUCUCGAGAAGGGCCUCGAUGACAUGAGAAAUUUUGUUAGCUUGAGGCAUCUUUAUUUCAGUAGUGAAAAGAAUAUGCCAAAGGAGAUUGGGCACUUAACUUGCCUUCAAACAUUACCAUUAUUUGUUGUGGGAAGAGAAAAGGGAUAUAGAAUUGAAGAACUUGGAUGCUUAAGCCAACUGUGGGGGGAAUUGGACAUUCAGAAACUUGAAGAUGUAGGAUCCAAAUCAGAAGCCUCUAAAGCAAAAUUAAAAGAAAAGAAAAAAUUGCAGGGGUUGGAAUUUACAUGGUGUGCAAAAAGAGAAGCUAAUAACAACAUCGACGAUGAAGAGAUUCUAGAAGGUCUUCAACCUCACCCAAAUUUGAAGAGCUUAGUUAUUUGGAAUUACCAAGGAAAGAACUUCCCAUCAUGGAUGCAAGGUGGUGUCAAUAGUUCACUCAACAAAUUAAUGAAGUUAAAGCUACAGGAUUGCAAGGAAUGCUUAUAUCUUUCGAGCCUCGGUUUAUUGCAUGAUCUCCAGUUUCUUGAAAUUGCAGGGAUAAAAAAGGUAAAAAGCAUGGGUAGCAAGUUUUAUGUGAAUCAAAGCAAUAGUGAUGAUCGAGUGGGAUCGGUUACACAAUUCCCAACUUUAAGAGAAUUCAGUGUUGCAUGUAUGGAUAGCCUUGAGGAAUGGGUAGAAGUAGAAGGUGUGACUGUGUUUCCUUGUCUUGAGAGGUUGUUUAUUAAGGAUUGUCCUGAGUUGAAGACUUGGUCAAUGGGGGGAUUUUCAUCUAAUCAUAAGCUGUCUUCUUUGAGAAUAAGUGGAUGUCACAAACUAAUGGCUAUACCAAGUAUGGAUAGGCUCUCAUCACUUAAAACUUUUUCUAUAAAAAAAUGUUAUGAAUUAAUGAGUCUACCAAGCGGAUUGGGAUCUUGCACUUCUCUUCAGGAGUUGUACAUAGAUAAAUGCCGAAAAUUGUCUUCCAUUCAAAGUAUAAGUGGGCUCACAUCUCUUACAAGCCUUGUGGUUUAUAAUUGUAAUGAAUUAAUGAGUCUACCAAGUGAAUUUGGAUCUUGCACUUCUCUUGAAGAGUUGAGAAUUUCUAGAUGCAAAAAACUGUCUUCCAUUCCAAGUAUAAAAGGGUUCACAUCUCUUACAAGCCUUGAGCUUUCUAAUUGUGAUGAAUUAAUGAGUCUACCAAGUGGAUUGGGAUCCUGCACUUCUCUUCCGAAAUUGAGAAUUUUUGGAUGCAAAAAACUGUCUUCCAUUCAAAGUAUAAAUGGGCUCACAUCUAUUACAAGCCUUCAGCUUUAUGAUUGUGAUGAAUUAAUGAGUCUACCAAGUGAAUUGGGAUCCUGCACUUCUCUUCGAGAGUUGAGCAUUUCUAGAUGCAAAAAAUUGUCUUCCAUUUCAGGUAUAAAUGGGCUCACAUCUCUUAUAAGCCUUGAGGUUUAUGAUUGUGAUGAAUUAAUAAGUCUACCGAGUGAAUUGGGAUCCUGGACUUCUCUUAAAAAGUUGAGCUUUUCUAGAUGCAAACAACUGUCUUCCAUUCCAAGUAUAAAUGGGCUCACAUCUCUCACUAACCUUCAGCUUUAUGAUUGUGAUGAAUUAAUGAGUCUACCAAGUGAAUUGGAAUCCUGCACUUCUCUUCAGGAGUUGAGCAUUUUUAGAUGCAAAAAACUGUCUUCCAUUCCAAGUAUAAAUGGGCUCACAUCUCUUACAAGCCUUGAGCUUUCUAAUUGUGAUGAAUUAAUGAGUCUACCAAGUGGAUUGGGAUCCUGCACUUCUCUUCCGAAGUUGAGAAUUUCUAGAUGCAAAAAAUUGUCUUCCAUUUCAAGUAUAAAUGGGCUCCCAUCUCUUACAAGUCUUGAGUUUUAUGAUUGUGAUGAAUUAAUGAGUCUACCAAGUGGAUUGGGAUCUUGCAUUUCUCUUCUGAAGUUGAGAAUUUUUAGAUGCAAAAAACUGUCUUCCAUUCCAGGUAUAAAUGGGCUCACAUCUCUUACAAGCCUUGCGUUUUAUGAUUGUGAUGAAUUAAUGAGUCUACCAAGUGAAUUGGGAUCCUGCACUUCUCUUCAAGAGUUGAAAAUUUCUAGAUGCAAAAAACUGUCUUUCAUUCUAGGUACAAAUGGGCUCAUAUCUCUUAUAAGCCUCAAGUUUUCUAAUUGUGAUGAAUUAAUGAGUCUACCAAGUGGAUUGGGAUCUUGCACUUCUCUUAAGGAGUUGAGCAUUUUUGGAUGCAAAAAACUGUCUUCCAUUCCAAGUAUAAAUGGGCUCACAUCUCUUACAAGCCUUCAGCUUUAUGAUUGUGAUGAAUUAAUGAGUCUACCAAGUGGAUUGGGAUAUUGCACUUCUCUUCAGAGUGUGGCAAUACGGGAAUGUCAUAAUAUAAUUUCAAUUACUAAGGAGAUUGGGGAUUUACAUUCACUAAGUCAACUAGAGAUCCGUAAUUGUGGAAAGCUGCGUAGCAUUCCAGAGAAGUGCGUGGGUAGACUCACCUGCUUGAAGGUGUUAUGGAUAGGUGGUUUCUGGUCGGAGUUGGAGGAAUUUUCUGGACUAACUUACAUUCAUCAACUCCACGCCUCCCUUGAACUAUUGGAAUUGAAUGGAUGGGAUAAAUUAAAGUCUCUGCCACAUCAGCUUCAACAUCUCACUGCCCUCAGGGAAUUAUCGUUAUGGGACUUCAAUGGCCUGGAAGCUUUGCCAGAGUGGUUGGGAGACCUCUCUUCUCUUCACAGGCUGGAGAUUAAGAAUUGCUCUAAUUUGACUCAUAUGCCUUCUAUUGAAGCCAUGCGACGCCUCUCCAACUUACAAUAUCUUGUCAUUUCGUCCUGUCCGAAAUUAGAAGAAAGAUGCGCCAAAGAGAGCGGCCCCGAUGGGCCAAGAUUUCCCACAUCCCCAACUUGACAAUACAUGGUGGGUCCCUGCAGUAGCAAUCCAAAUAAGAGAUGAAGGGUUGAGAGUUGUGACUGUGAUUGGGCCGCUCAGAGUUCAUAUAUAGAAGCUAGCAAAUCUUCAAAUUCUAUACUGUAUAUUAUUUUUUUUUUAAUUUAGUAGCUUUUAUUUUUUGGCAUAAAAACACACGGAGUGCGAUUCUUACAAGUUAUGUCUAAUGCAUCUAAACACAUGAAAGUGUAAAGCUUGAGGGUGUGAGAGCCUUGCCGGAGGAGUAAUUACUACAAGCUUUCGUUUUUUAAGGGAAGAUGUCAAGUUGAACGAGAAAGGAAGAAGAAGACACCAGGUGUUGAUGGUACUGCUGAUUGCUUUUGUACUUCAGUCAUGUUAAGAGAAGCUGAUGUCAGUGGCUAAGACAUUGUGCUUGUUGAAUUAAUGACCAGUACUUGACCAAAAUAUAUCUAUUUAAGUGUAAGCACUCAUUAAAGGUUAGGAAACUGGUAUCUAAUAGACGUGGGACAAUGGA